AUGUGGGUCUAUGCAACUCCUGGCACUCAGACUGAGGAGCUAUCCCUGGAGUCAGAUGAUCCCUCUGAUAAGCCACCUUGCCGAGGCUGCUCCUCCUACCUCAUGGAGCCUUAUAUCAAGUGUGCUGAAUGUGGGCCACCUCCUUUUUUCCUCUGCUUACAGUGUUUCACUCGAGGAUUUGAGUACAAGAAACAUCAAAGUGAUCAUACUUAUGAGAUCAUGACCUCAGAUUUUCCUGUUCUUGACGUGUGUGUGUGUGUGUGUGUGUAAAUGGCCCUUUUAGAAGCUGUGAUGGACUGUGGCUUUGGAAAUUGGCAGGAUGUAGCCGUGUGUGUGUGUGUGUGUGUGUAGGAAGAGUGUGAGAAGCACUAUAUGAAGCAUGUGUGUGUGUGUGUGUGUGUGUCGUCUACCCUGCUGAACCUGAAGCACGCGGAGGUGUGUGUGUGUGUGUGUGUGUCCAUACCAUUUCAGUCUACAGAUGACCCUCCCCGACCUACCUUUGACUCCUUGCUUUCUCGGGACAUGGCAGGGUGUGUGUGUGUGUGUGUGUGUUUUAUCGAGGUAGGAGAAACUUUGUGUGUGUGUGUGUGUGUGUAAUGGGACUUGAGAGACAUCGAUUUUGUUGAAGAUGACUCGGACAUUUUACAUGCUCUGAAGAUGGCUGUAGUAGAUAUCUAUCAUUCCAGGUUAAAGGAGAGACAAAGGCGAAAAAAAAUUAUAAGAGACCAUGGAUUAAUCAACCGUGUUAAAUUUAGUUUAAUGGAACGGCGGUAUCCCAAGGAAGUCCAGUGUGUGUGUGUGUGUGUGUGUCGAUUUGCAAGGAUAGUGGGGCCAAUGGAGCAGUGUGAAUACAGGACAGCAGGCAUUACCAAUUUGUGUAGUGCCAGAACCUAUGACCACCUCAAGAAGACGCGAGAGGAAGAGCGCCUUAAACGCACCAUGCUCUCGGAAGUCCUGCAGUACAUCCAGGACAGCAGUGCUUGCCAGCAGUGGCUCCGGCGGCAGGCUGACAUUGAUUCUGGCCUGAGCCCUUCUAUUCCGAUGACUUCAAAUUCAGGUAGACGAAGUGCACCGCCCUUGAACCUCACUGGCCUCCCUGGCACAGAGAAGCUGAAUGAAAGAGAAAAGGAGCUCUGUCAGAUGGUGAGGUUGGUCCCAGGAGCCUAUUUAGAAUACAAAUCUGCUCUAUUGAACGAAUGUAACAAGCAAGGAGGCUUGAGACUGGCGCAGGCAAGAGCACUCAUCAAGAUAGAUGUGAACAAAACCCGGAAAAUCUAUGAUUUCCUCAUCCGAGAAGGAUACAUCACUAAAGCCUGAGGCUCUGAGGGCUUCGGAUCAGAAAUCACAAAUUUGGAAUGUGGUAGGCCAAAGGACAGCACGGGCAUUCUGGAGAGUUUCAUUGCUGAGCUGAGUUCUCAUUGUAGAAAGAGAGGAAGGACAAAGGGAACCUUAUGUUGUAUUAAUAUCUACUUUCUUUUCCACCCUGCUUUAAAACACUCCUGUUGUUGGUGUUGUGCUGCAAAGUUAUGUGCUAGAUAAGCUAUUAUUAAAUGUGAGUGGGCUUUUAUUCCCAACACCUCUUGUAACUAAAACAAGAACCAUAGUACCUCACAUCAGAGUGUCGGUAGAAAUAGAACUGAAGCAGUCUGUAGUCCUGGGAGUCCAGCUCAGAUCUUUAUACUUGGGAGGCUGGUUUUCUGAUUAUCUGUUUUGCCUCCAAACAUUACAGAAAGAUCUAAAAUAAAGAGAAAGGUUAUAGAGCAUGAGAAGGCUUUCUCUUUCCUUCUGAGGAUUUUUUUAAGCUGAUGACUUACGUUUAUGAGCAAAUGGGAGGAAAAAUCUCCCCGUGAUAGUCUUGUCCCAAACUACAUCUUUCCCUUUUAAUGUCUGGCUUUGUACUUGACUGUCUAAUCUGCAGUAGACUCUUGAGGAGGUGGCACCGGAUAUAAAAUGUCUCUGUUAUUUUUAGAAUUAAUGGAUUAAAAUGUUUUGCUACC